AUGGCAGCCGGACCUCCGCCCGGUCUCGGCAUUGCAGCACCACCAGCUGCAGCAUUACCACCUAACCCAUUCGGCGCAAACGGCUCCCAAGCUGCCGCCAACAACAACAGAUCGCCUCUCGCCCCCCAUGCAGCUGCUCAAACAACAGCCACCUAUCAGCGCCCUGCCGACUGCCCACGUGUCUACGGCAGAGGCCUGCUGCUAGCCUACAGCUCCUCCGCCUUGGUCGUCAAACCGACCAACAUGGCCUCUCUCCGCGACUGGUACGGAGAGUGGGAGCCUUACCACCACAAGUCCGCCUACAACUACCGCGACACCCCACGACGAGUCCAUGUGGACGACUCGGCAUCUCACGCAGCCGAGCCCGAAGAAGGCGCCAACAAUGGUGGCAUCGUCGGAGGCGCACUGGGAGGAUUCGGUCCCAGGAGGGAAGGCGCAGGUGCACGCUUUGGCGGGAGGAGGAACGAAGACCGUGAACGUGGCGAAGGACUCCGUCUGGGCGAAGUGAGCGGUCGCCGAGUCGCCCCUGCGGGCAAGAACCCAUUCGGCCAGAUCUCAGCGAGCGGCACUUUCAAACCGGCAGGCACACCAGGCGGCGGUCGAGGUCCCCCUCGAGACGGUCAUCUCGAGACACUCGGUGAAGGGCGUCGCUCUGGCAUGGGCGAGCGCUCCACUUCUUAUGGCAAGGAUAGGAUGCGUGACAUCCUUCCUGACGAUAGGAGGCGUGACCUCGCUCGCGACAGACGUCGAGGCGAGCGUGGAUUGGACGCUGAUGACAGCCGCGAGGAGGGCGAGAUUAUCGACUCGCCUCGCACUCGUCGCACUGGCGGAGCUGAUACUGCCUCGGAUUGGCGAAGGCCUGGCGACCGAGACCGUGCUGGUCCCUUUUCCAGCAUCGCAUCCGAUCGCCUGCGGCCCAGUGAGCGACGUGGUGCUCAGCGCUCUGGUGGUGCUCCUUGGUCUGGCGAUGCUGACGACAACCCAGCGUGGCUUGAGGACGACUCUGACCCCUUACCCGUGGACAAUCGUGCCCCCUUCGGCCAAUUUGGUAGCCGUCGCAGAGACGGUCUCGAUGAUUCGCGCGGCGACGACACAGCAGGCGCCGUCGACAGUAUCCAGGCAUUCAAAGCGCAGAUGAAAGAACGAGAACGUCGCGAGAGGCUCGCAAGAGGUGAACCCGAGCCGGCUGACAACACGGGUUCCUAUGAUGGCGCCCGACGCGCAUCGAUCGGCGUGGACCGCGAUGCUUCUGGAGAGUAUCCGUUUGGCAGCGAAGGAGCUUCUCACCAGUCCGAGAUGGAAGCAAUUCGUCAAGAAAUGAUGGCAGCUGCCAACCAGCGCUCCUCUUCGGGCGGCGCUUCGCUGUACGACAGCAUCUCAAACAGUCACGGCGGUUCUGGCGCUGAAGGAGCCGGCCCACCCGGUCUUCCUGUCCGGUCCAGUCGAUUCGCCCGCUUCUUCGACGGUCGAGGGGCGGCUCCGCGUGACCCACAAGCUGCCGCUCUGGCUGCGCAGCAAAAGAUGCUCGAAUCCAUGGGCAGCCGUGUCUCGGACGACAAGGACUCGUCGGCCGGCAACUUGCAAAGCCCGCAGUCGCCUCCGAACGCCUCUUCGUCCUCGAUCAACAUUUCGGAGCUCUUCAGCAAGACCUCGAUCCGCGACAAGGGAGAUGGAGCGCAGAAAGAUGCCUCGGGCAAGAAUGUCUCGGAGGCAGACCAGCAGAGCAUGCAGAAGCUCAUGGCCAUGCUGCAAGGCGGUGGCGGAAGUGGCGCCGGGACGCCUACGCUAGGCAAAGGUGCUGACGCCGAAUCGGCUGAUCGACUCCAGGAGUUUUUGCGCAGCCAAGGACGUGGCGGCGAAGAGGGCGCCAACGAACGCCCUCGAAGCAUUGUCUCUCCUGGACUGCCGUCGGCCGAAGUGCACCGCCACCAUGGUCUGGACGCUCGAUCUCCUCAUUCUUACCAUCAACACCAGCGAGAAUCGAGCACGUCGGCUGCACUUGGCGGACAACAUCACCAGCAGAUGCCUCUUCAGCAGCACCAGCACCAUCAACAACAACAACAGCAGCAGCAGCAGCAGCAACAACACCAGCACGAGCAGUAUCCUCAGUAUCAGCAGGCACAACAGCAGCAGCGAUCCGAAUCCCCGGCUAUCGGUGGCGCCGGAGGAGGUGCUUACAACGACCCUCGUCAGCAGUUGGGCGGACUCGCCUCUCCUACCAGUCCCGCUGGACCGGGCGUUGGAUCGCCUGGCCCUGCUCCCGGGAUGGGAAACUUUGGUGGCUUCCCCGGCGGCAUUCCUGGACGUCCGCCGCCUCCCGGUAUGGACCCUCGUCUAAUGGCCCGUCCCCCCAUGGGCGCCGGUCCAGGAUACCAGCAGAUGCCGCCUCACAUUGCCGCCAGUCUCGGCCUUGCUCGUGGACCUCUGCCACCGGGAAUGGGUAACAUACCUCCUCCACCGCCCAUGGGCGUACCCGGUGGACAGCGCGGCCCUGGCCCCAACGGCGCCUUCCCGCCUGGCUUCGCCCCCCCUUUCCCCGGUGGCCGCCCUCCUCCUCCCGGCAUGCCCCCGCAGCUGUACCAGCAGCUCAUGAGCAUGCCCCCACACAUCCAGCAGCAGGUGCUGGCAGGCCAGGGCUUCCCACCCGGCAUGCCGAUGCCUCGAUCGCCGUACGACAUUUCAGGCACGCCGGGCAGUCAGAACGGCACCGGUGGCGCCGCGGGUGCCGACGGCCGAAGGUCGCAGUCCCCCGCCGCUGCGCAGUUCCCGUACUAUGCAGCUGUGCAACAGGGUCCACCGGGUGCGAACGCGUCGCCUCACCAGCCGCACCAGCAGCAGCAGCAGCAACAGCAACAGCAGCAGCAGCAGGUCAACGUCGGCUCGCACGCCAUCAAUGGCGCUAACCUCAUGGCUCUGCUCAGCGGAGGUCGGAAUACGCCCACGUCCUAA